GAAAUGGGUAGCGACACGAUAUCCCAAGCGACCAUUCAAACGAAUGCGUCUCACCCCGACGAUGACAGUCUCAAGGGAGAGAGACUCUCAGUCAAUGAGAACCACGUGCUGCAGGAGCGCCAAAUUGGAGUGCUGGGGGCCAUCUCCCUGAUUGUCAACAAGAUCAUUGGCGCUGGAAUCUUCUCCACCCCUUCGACCAUCUUCAAGCUUUCCGGCAGUGUAGGGCUAUCGCUGAUGCUCUGGGUGGUGGCGGGAAUCAUCUCGGCCUGCGGUGCCCUGGUGAUGCUGGAAUUCGGCACUGGGAUUCCUCGAUCCGGGGGCAUCAAGGUCUAUCUGGAACGAUCUUUCUCCCCUCGGCAGCUGCAAACAUGCAUCUAUCUCUUCUUCUGCUUGUUCCUGCAGGUCUCUGCCAGUAACGCCAUCACCGCCUCGGAGUAUCUCCUGUCAGCGGCCGGAGUCGAAUCGACGACCUGGAAGGAACGAGGGCUGGCCAUUGCGGCCGUGUCCUUUGCCGUGGGCGUCCACACGGUCGCUCCUCGGAUCGGACGGGCGAUGCAGGAUGUCCUGAGUAUGGUCAAGCUCUUCACUCUCCUAUUCAUCGUGUGCACGGGGUUUGCCGCUCUGGCGGGUCAUCGACGCAUCCCUAAUCCCCACAACUUCGACGUGAAGACAUCCUUUGAGGGCACCUCCAACAAUGGAUAUGAUAUCGGCACUGCUCUUCUGGACGCCAUCUUCUCGUACCAAGGCUACGACAAUGUGAAUGCCGUUCUCUCCGAGGUCAAGAAUCCGGAACAGACACUCCGCAUUGCCCUUCCCUGCGCCAUGGGCAUCAUCACGGUGUUGUAUGUCCUCGCCAAUGUAGCUUAUUUCGCUGGUGUAUCCAAGGAGGAAUUCCGAACCGCCAGUGUCACGAUUGCUGCCAGCCUCUUCCGCAAUGUGUACGGCGAGACUGCCGCAACCCGAGCCCUACCCGCUCUUGUGGCGUUGUCCGCUAUCGGCCAUUUGCUGGGAGUCGCGUUUGUCGUCCCGCGUCUGCUACAAGAGCUCGCAAAAGACGGCAUUACCCCAUUCCCGAAUCUUAUGAUGCAGAACCGCCCAUUCAAGACCCCCAUCGCAGCCCUGGUCGUGCAUCUUGGCGUCACGAUUCUAUUCAUCUGCGCUCCACCCGCGGGGGAAGCCUUUACAUUUGUCGUCGGACUCUCCUCCUAUCCUAUGUGCGUGAUGCUGACAGCGAUCACGGUGGGACUGGUGAAGAUGCGCCUCUCGCCGUCCGAGGGCUGGUCGUCGUCCUACACCGCGCCAUGGGCGGUCAUUGCCUUUUACCUGGCGGCCAAUAUCUUCCUUCUAGUCAUGCCGUUUGUUCCGCCUAACUCUGCCAAGUCGAGUAUUCCGUACUGGUUGAGUCCGGUGGUAGCACUGGGGAUUCUGGGGCUCGGAGUGAUUUACUACCUUCUACGAUUCGUGCUACUGCCUUGGGUAUUUGGCUAUGGUCUUCAUCCGGUGACGAAAGACUUGACGGAUGGGUCGCAGGUCACUCGCUUUAUUAUGCAGAAGAACGGUUCUCGUGAUGGAAGUGGCGAAAGUUCUGCUUGGUUAUGAAGCUGAAGGAGACAGUACAG